GGGUGGGUCUAAGGGCUCAAAUAAAAAUGUGUCCAUAGAAGGACACUUUACUAACUUUUUUGUUUUUCCACAAUGCAAACCCAAUGUUUCAGUGACGUGACGAAAGGCAGGUUGACAAAUUUGUUUGCCGUCUCUCAACACACAAAAGCCGUGUAAGUCCUCCAGGAGCCACCGGACGAAGAGCGUGGUGCGCGCGCGGCCGUUUGGGAGGCACGCGCAGGCGGCCCGCCGAGCCUAGCGCUCCGGGAGGUCGCCGGCGGACUAGGAAAAGGACAUGGAGAUGUUACGUCGCUCGUCCGUUUUCGCCGCCGAGGUGUUCGACCGCUCGCCCACCGACAAGGAGCUUGUGUCUCAGGCCAAAGCGCUUUGCCGCGACUACAUUCAAUCCAGGCUUGGCCGCGCAGGUAUCGGCUGGUACAAGUCCGAGCAGUUUGCCUCUUCAUGGGGGACGCACAGUGACGUGUCGACGGUGCUCUUGUGGUUGGGUGACGAGCUGGAAUAUCUGCGUCCCAGCGUUUAUCGCAACGUGGCUCGGCAACUCAACAUCACGGUGGCCUCGGAGAACGCGGUGACAGAUGCCUUCCUGGCUGUGGCGGCCGACAUCUUCUCCACAGGUGUUACGUGGGGUAAGGUUGUGUCUUUGUACGCGGUGGCUGGCUCUCUUGCAGUGGACUGCGUUCGCCACGGCCACCCUGCCAUGGUCCACACCAUUGUGGACUGCAUGGGGGAGUUUGUCCGCAAAAGUCUGUCCACGUGGUUGAAACGCAGAGGAGGUUGGGUGGACUUGACGAAAUGUGUGGUGAGCACCGAAGUUGGUUUCCGUUCCCACUGGUUGGUGUUGUCUCUGUGCACCUUCGGACACUACGUCAAGGCUGCAGUGCUUUACCUGCUUAGGGACCAGUGACGGAUCCCGUUUCAUGGUCCCCUUACCCCCCCCCCCCCCCCCAAUAUACACACUACCUGCACCUUAAUUGUUUGUUGAUUAUAAAAGCACAUAUUUUGUUAGAAUGUGCUUUUUUGUUUUGUUUUUAGCAUUACACAAAACUGCCUUUUUUGUGCAAUCUUUUAUACGAUUAAUAAAAAGGGUGUGAUAAUCAUAUCCUUGAUCCAUAGAUGUGCACUUUUCACUUUAUUGUGGCUAUGUUUUCUUUCAUACAUUCACAAUGUUGGACCAGAAAUUGUAAUACUUUGUCAAAUAAAGCGUUAAUAAAUUA